AUGGAGCAUGCUGCCUUCAGCAGAACACUACCGUCAGCCAAGCAACCUGCUGAGGAAGUGCUGGAGUUUUUUGAACCUCUUGAUUUACCCCCAAGUCUUUAUUUCUCAGCCUGCGUCACUGAAUUUUUGUUAGUUACGAAACAGUUCAGAGAGCUGAGCGAGAUGAGAGAUCAGGUCCUGGCAGAUCGAUCUGGGAAGUUUCAGUCGCCAUACGCGUCGGCACAGUGUAUAUCAGUACCCAACGCCUUUAAUUCACCACUACAUUCGAUCCUCAAUCCAGAUUGCACUGUCCGGGAAUCGUACAAAAUUAAUCAAAGCCCGACACCAGCGACCCUAUACAAGGCCGACACCACCAGAAUGGUGUGUUUGUUCUACAUCCAUGCGACCCUCUGGAGGUAUAGACAUCAGCCAGAGCAGACGGAUGCAUACAUGCAGCACGUGGUGCGGGACGUACAGCGUAAUGGGCUUGAGUCGAGUAAAAGCCUAGAUGCGCUAAACUGGGUGUUGGUCUGGCUUUGCCUGAGCGACGAAUUCCUGAAGGCAAAUAACAACGAAAUGGGAUGGCAGGAGCUAACAAGAUUGAUCUUGCGGUUGGUGCGUGUUGCGCGAAGAUUGAGCAAGCAAAUCCACAGGAAUCUCGAGUUCGCCAUGUUUGAAAGCCUUCUAGGUAAACAACAUUCAUUUGUGGCUAGUGGCGUUGCUUGUAUGCAGCAUUUUGACACAACCACUGAAGAUUGCAGGUGGCCUGAUCCUGAGGCAGUCUGGAAGGAAUUCAUGGGAUAG